ACUCGCACACGCAGAAAAGUUAUCUAUAACCAACCGAGGCGUCACGCGCAUAUCUUAUGCAUAUCUUAUCUAGGCGAAUUGUAUGUAAACUUGGCUGCGUAUACCUGUCUCGUUUUCUCUUCGUACGAGUGUCGGAGCUCUGUCCAACACUCGUGACGUAACGGUUUUUCCGUUUAAUCGCCGUUCUUUCUCUUUUAUGUUUCCAAGAACCCUUUCUAUCACGACGUCAUAGUGUCUGCCCUCUCUCCGGUUGCAUCUUUCCGUGCCCGGACUUCCAUAGCCAAGAAAGGAUCCUUCACCCGCGAUCGCGGCCUUAUCUCAGGUAUAUAAAGGCAAACGGACCUGCACUGUGUGUCGCCACCUUUCGAUAGCCGGGCAACUAGAGCUCCGCGAGGCGCGUGUAAUCAAGGCGCCUUGGGUCCCAGCAGGUUAUCAGGCGUCUUGGAGUCCCUGCUGGAGAAGGAGAUAUAUACCAUCGAGUUGACCGACGCUCGUGCCCACAAGCGUGAAGGCUUCUCGACGAUAGGGCAGCGAAGGACGACGACCCACGCGUGGAGAGACGUGCAGCCUGCGAAACCGAUUUCUGGACGGCACUCGCGGAUCUCUGGAGUUGAGCUUUAUUAUCUGUAUCUCCCCUGGUCUGGAUGGCGGAAGUAUCCAGGAGCCGGAGCAUGGCUGGACUCUCCAGUUUCCUGCUGGUGGCUGCAGGAGCAUUGAUGACCGCAAGCGCCCAAGAAGGGCAGGACUGCAGUUGCCUGGUGCUUGUCGAGGACGCAGCCGGACAAGCGACGUUGUACGAGAAAAGCACCACCGUCCUGGGAAGCCUCUGCACCGACGCAGAUUACGACUUCUGCGCAGAUCUGUGCAAAAAUGAGAUGAAGCAGUUCAGCGACACGCUGGACUCCAAGGUGGUCCCGUUCAACACUACCGUGGGACAGACUCUCUGCGAAAGGGCCAAGCGGAAAGUGACCGACGGGACGCUCAAGUUGGGCGUCUCCGUCUGCCACCAGGACGUCCGAGAGGCUGGCGUCGAGAACAAACAGAAACUGUGCUGCGACGAAGAAGCCAGAUACGUGGACUGCUGAACCGGCCAUCACCAUCGCGGCUUACAAGAAUAGAGACGAGGACUCUCAUUCCUAGUGUCUUAAUUUGUUCGCGGAGAUCGUUUCAUAUAUACAGGGCGGAAAAUGCCAAGUCAUUGGGCUGUGGACGCUUGCGCGGCGUCUGAUAUGUCGCAGAAGAGAGCAACUGCGCAUGCUCACAACGCGUUUUACAGUCAAAGACAAAGAUGGCGGCGCAUAGAAGGCGCUUACUAGAACAGUAUAAUAACCUAUAUAGUUACACGGGCGCCCUUAAUCACAGUUAAGUGCAACGGAGGUCAACAUACCUGAGUGUAACUACGAUUAAGGGUGCGCAAAGGGUAUACUAACACGCAGUUACGCCUAAGUAUGCUGAUCAGUAACUGUCAGCUAUACCCUAGUUACUUGAUCACACCUAAGCACAGUGAAUUGUGUAACGGUGGUUAACAUACUUAAGUGUAACUGCGGUUAAUGGUGCCCGACAGGCCACCUAAAUCGCAGUUACGCUUAAGUGUGCUUAGCAAUUACUGUAAACUACACCCUAGUAACCCAGGAACCCUUAACCACAGUUAAGUGUAAGUGAGGUUAACAUGCUCAAGUAUGACUUCGGUUAAGGCAGCCCGACGGGCAACCUAAACCUCAGCUACGCUUAAGUCUUGUUACGUUCCACACCCCGGCGAGGUCGUGCUCCAUCUAUAGACGUUUACAGGGACGGUCCGCAACACCAUCGCUCGGCAGAGAUCCUCUCGAAGACCCGGAACCAAGGCUUUGGAACAUCGACCUAUAAGUAACAAACGUCAACGGCUCUUCGUCUUUCUUUUACACCAACAUCUAGAGAAGCGGCUGCUGCGGCCAAAUAAGCCUCCGGGCCAAAGACUGUGGCUGUUGGACCUCAUCCUCAUCGAAGCCAGCAGCCACCACCAAUCACACCACGAUCCCGCAGGCGACGCAACAACGUCACAUCACCGCGGCUA